AUGACGACCUUCGACGUCACCCGCGUACGCGCUGCCUUCCCCGCUCUGUCCUCGGACUUCCUGUAUGCGGACAACGCGGGCGGCUCCCAAUGUCUCGCCGAUGCCGCUGCGCGCAUCUCUGAUUACCUUCUGAACACGAACGUCCAGCUCGGGGCAGACUAUUCGGUGUCUGUAACUAGUACGGUCCGUGUCGAGAAAGGUGCUGAGGCGGCGCGGCAGCUGUUCAACGCAGAGAACGUCGACGAGGUCGCGUUUGGCAGCAGUUCAACGAUGCUCGUUGAGAACCUGGCACGCGCGAUGGAGGCCGAUAUCAAUGCCGGGGACGAAAUUAUCAUCACAGGCGAACAUGAGUCUAAUUGUGGGCCUUGGAAGAGAGUGGCUACUCGCCGAGGGGGCAUUAUCAAGUACUGGCACGCAACGCCGUCUCCUCUUUUUCCGAACAACCCCUACGCUGUGUUCCAUGAGGUAGACACGCUUCUUCUGCUCAUCACGCCAAAGACACGCCUUGUUGCGUUCACCGCGUGUUCAAACAUCCUUGGAUCUGUUGUACCCGUCAAGGAGGCUGUGCGAGUCAUUCGUGCGAAAGCGAAAGAGCUAGGAGUGCAGAAGCUCGAAGUGUGCGUGGACUGCGUCGCGUAUGCUCCGCACAGGCGUAUCGACGUCAGAGAUUGGGAUAUCGAUUACUGCUAUUUCUCCUGGUACAAGGUGUACGGUCCGCACGCAUCGGCGCUGUAUGUGCGAACACCUUCCCUGAAGCUCUCAUUGUCUUCGCUGGCACACACCUUCCUUGAUGUGGCCUCCAAACCGUACAAGCUGCAGCCAGGCGGGCCAGGCUACGAGCUCGUGUGGGGGUGCACCGCCGUGCCUCCAUACCUGCGUGCGCUUGCACCUUCUGGCGACCUCUGUGACGCGUUCCAGCUGAUCGCGCACCACGAGCAGACUCUGAUAGAGCCUCUGCUGGUGUUUCUACGGAGCAAGGAGGCGAGGGGCGUGCGCAUUGUGGGAGAUGAACACGCCGGGCUGAGCAGAGUGCCAACCAUCAGCUUUUUGGUAAUUGGCGAUCGUGCCAUGCGUAGCCAGGACCUGGUGAAAGAGUUUGAUAAGAGAGGCAAGAUUGGGAUUCGCUGGGGCCACUUCUAUGCGUACACGCUAAUCGACACACUGGCACCGAAAGUGGAUGUCAAGGACGCGGUUGUACGAAUUUCGUUGGUGCAUUACAACACUUCCGAUGACGUUGCACACAUCAUUGAGACACUCGAGGAGGUUCUGGCCUGA